AUGGUGGAGAAGGGGAAAAAUGACACAUACACGGGAUUUUGUCUUGGGUUUGUAACAUCCCUAGCGAUGUGCGGUUUCUACUGGUUGAUUAUGAUUCACGAGCAACAGGUGAUGAUACCAAUGGUAGAGGUGUAUCCUAAAUACAGUGUUCCAGAACCCAAAGAUUGCAACACAGAGCAUCAUCUAGAAUGCAAAAUUGUCGAAUGCAACAUGUCGCAGUUUUUCACUUGCCUCAUAGGGUCUUCCGGUGAUGACGACAUUCUGAAGUAUGGUGCACCGGACCGUGGUCCCGAGACGCUGGUUUACACAGAUCACAUCGUGGGAUACGACCAGUCUAGGAAAAUACCUUUGUGGGUUGCAGAACACAUUACCGCUGAAAAACUCACAGGUGAUGCAAACAUGGCCAAUUGCUCCUUCGGGCCAUCAGAUACGGACCAGGUACAAGAAGUGUUCUCCGCCUCGUUAGAAGACUACUACGAAGGAAGCGGGCACGACAAGGGUCAAAUGUCAACGGAAGCUAAUCACAAAUACAGUCAGGAGGCCAUGUGUGACUCUUUCUAUCUUACAAACGUGAUUCCUCUCAACAACCAACAUUACUGGAGGGAGAUAGAAGAACACUGCCGGAGUCUUACCGGGACGUUCCGGGACGUCCGGGUGAUUUCUGGCCCGGUGUUCCUCCCGGAUACUUGGGCGAACACGGCAAAGGAGAAGCGAUUCGUCCGAUAUGAGGUUCUUGGUAUAAAUAACGUAAAUGUACCAACUCACCUGUACAAAGUCAUCAUGGUCGAGAAUCCUACCAACUCGACCAAUAUUACUUUGUACUCGGCGGCAUUUCUACUGCCGAACGAGCCAAUCUACUUGAACGUACCGCUAAAGAGUUUCCAGAUCCCACUAAAGCAGCUCGAGGGUUUCACCGGUCUCCGGUUCUUCCCGAGGCUGGGUGCCGCGCCCCUUGGGAAUCUGUGUCAAAUCGACCCGUGCAAGCUCCCUGGUGAGACGGACUCCCUCCUGCAGAGGUUUAUGUCUGGAGUAUCAGCGACGGUGGUGUACCUUGCUUGGGCUUAUUCCAUGUACAAGUGGCAGGAGAAUGAUUCAAAGAAAUAAACACGUUAAUCCGGAGGUCGUUGGUUCGAAUCCCACUCUAGUCAAUUCUUUGUUCAACCCCCAAAAACAAAGAAAUAAACAAUUACAACAUAACCACUAAUUAUGCUGUAUUUCUAAAGGGUUUUAUGGUUUUGUUGUCCAAAGAGUGUGGUCCUUUUCAAAUCAUUGAUAAUAUUCACUCUAAGAAACUCCCGGAAUAAUAUUGACACAGAAUCUGGGCCAGUGACCUAUCCGGGUCUGGUUGACCCGUAGGGAUUUCGACCCGGGUUUUCGACCCGGUUUCAGUGUCAUUUAGACACUUUUCUAUUGUCCUCCUGUGUUGUGAAAUAAUUAAAUAAUACAAAUUUAAGUAAGAGCGGGAUGUAACAAAAUGAACAUGCAUCAUUUUCACUUCACCUCCAGAAUCCGAGACAGUUUAGUUUUCCGGUUUCACAGGGAAUUCCCGCCGCCGUAGGUUCUGUCGCCCAAUGGGAAAUUAACAUGGGCUGAGGAGGAUGUUUCAAAAGAAGUUUAUACCAAAAUUUUGCUAGGCUGGGACAGAAUCUCCUGCCCACACCGGCACUGCUUGAUAUGAUUCUUGAAGUUUCAUAGGAAACGACUGGGUAAAUUUAAUAAUUU